AUGGUUAAGCUUCACCUCAAUGGUGUUUGGCGCAAGGUUAUCAUUGACGACUAUCUCCCAACAGGUGAUAACUUGGAGUUGUUGUGUUCACACAGCCAAGAGAAAGGCGAGUUGUGGGUCUCUCUUUUGGAAAAAGCUUAUCUCAAGGUCAUGGGAGGUUACGAUUUUCCGGGAUCAAAUUCGAACAUCGAUUUGCAUGCACUCACGGGUUGGAUUCCCGAUCGCAUAGCUAUCAAAAGAGAUCUUACGCUAUCUGAUGGAAACCAGGCAAGUGUUCAUGUGGUAUUGUUACUUCUUAUCUUGAAUUUUUGCUGAAU